GGACGCUGUGGAUGUUUUUUCACAAGUGAUGGACCAUUGACGACUCUGUCCACGGUGCACUUGAAGACUGUUCUGUCCUUGGCGACGACGUUGGCAACAGACAGCUUCACGGCUCAUUCCUUUGGCUCUGGUGCUUGAAAGCUUGACUGACGAGCUCGUGACGAUGGACCACCCGCCCCCGUUACAGGCUGUCCUUGCACCUUGUCUUGCCUUGCGCAUCUUGCAUCACGCAAAUGGGCGAUAUACCGUCCCAAAACCUGGACAUCAACACAAAAAGCAUAUAUUGUGCGCUCACUGCGAUGAAAAGAUCAUCGGUACGUCUGUCGAAGUUCGGAGCCACGAUGUACGGCGUGCAAUGUUGCUCUUGGGCAUACUGCUGGUGUCGGGUCUUCAUCACGCGUGGUAUCUCGACCUUGUAUGGCUUGCUAUUCUUCCAACUUGCUCCGCACAAGUCCGCCUUUUGCGCGCCCUUGUGACCUGUGACCCGACGUCACGCUUUCCGUAUAUGGGACCACCGCCCUCGUCGGCGUCGGAGUGCCCGCCGUCGCCGAGAUGCGAUAUUGCGCUGCAGCGGGGGAUGCGUGUUGGCGCAGCUCCCCCGCCGUAGCUCUUCCAUGGCGUGCUUCAGUGUUCCGCGGUUCUGCCUCUGCCCAACCUCAGAGCUGGGAAGGCUCAGUGCUAGCAUGCUCUACAUGUUAUCCACCGUCUUUUACGCCUUACAAGGACAGCCUUGCAAGGCUGUCUUUGUGCGGAAAAAACCUGCUGUCUAAGUACCUGAAGUGUUCAGCGUUGCAGAUACAGUAAACCUGGCCCUCACCGAUAUUCCUUCUAUCAUUGUGGCAUUCAGUCAAUGAUACUGACUCUUUGUGACUGCUCUUCAGGUGUGCAAGCGCACUCUGUCUGGCGAGAUGUCCUAGGAUCGAGGAGAACGUCGCGUGGUGCUCGCGGAA